GCCCGUGGCGUCCGGAUCGCGCCGGCCUCGCGGGGCCGCACACAGCCUGCGAGGCUGGGGCCCGGGCCCCGGCGGAGUCCGCGGCCGGAGUCGGCGACGAGGAGGAGUCGCAGCCUCGGCGCCGCCGCCCGCGCCGGGCCGGGUUAUUAGCAAAAAAUAAAAAAUAAAAAAAAAAAUGGUGGAUCGCCUAGCAAACAGUGAAGCAAAUACUAGACGAAUAAGUAUAGUGGAGAACUGUUUUGGAGCAGCUGGUCAACCCUUAACCAUCCCUGGACGUGUUCUUAUUGGAGAGGGAGUAUUGACUAAACUGUGCAGAAAGAAGCCGAAAGCAAGGCAGUUUUUCCUGUUUAAUGAUAUUCUUGUGUACGGCAACAUUGUCAUCCAGAAGAAAAAAUACAACAAACAACACAUUAUUCCCUUGGAAAAUGUCACCAUUGAUUCCAUUAAAGAUGAGGGAGAAUUGCGGAACGGAUGGCUUAUUAAGACACCAACUAAAUCAUUUGCAGUGUAUGCUGCCACUGCCACCGAGAAGUCCGAGUGGAUGAACCACAUAAAUAAGUGCGUCACCGAUUUACUCUCCAAAAGCGGGAAGACACCGAGUAGUGAGCAUGCUGCUGUCUGGGUCCCUGACUCUGAGGCCACCGUGUGUAUGCGCUGUCAGAAGGCUAAGUUCACGCCCGUUAAUCGGCGGCACCAUUGCCGCAAAUGUGGCUUUGUGGUUUGUGGUCCCUGCUCUGAGAAGAGAUUUCUUCUUCCCAGCCAGUCUUCUAAGCCUGUGAGGAUAUGUGACUUCUGCUAUGACCUGCUUUCCACUGGGGACAUGGCUGCGUGUCAGCCGACCAGAUCAGACUCUUACAGCCAGUCAUUGAAGUCCCCUUUAAAUGACGUAUCUGAUGAUGACGACGACGAUGAUAGCAGUGACUAAGGACAUGUUUUGAAAUAUUUAAUUGAGUGUGACUACCUGAGAAUCAGCUUUGGGGGAAGUGUAAAGUUCCUGGCUCUCUCAAUCUUGCUCUAGCCAUGGCUUCACCUGAGGAAGCUUGACCUUUGUGCCUCUGUAUCCUAUAGAAAGUACCCCCUCGCUCUCUGCUCCUCUCUGCACUCUCACAGGGACAAAUGUAUGUGAUAAAGUCUUGCCUCUGUUCUCCUUAGUUCUAGACUAGUUUCUGGUAAGUUGGAAAAGGUGUUUAUUUAACAGAUCUUGUAUGACAUUUUUUCCACUGAUGAGGAAAAACUAGAAGCACAGAAUGAUGGGAACAAGAGUACAAAGUGAUUAAUAAUGUGAGUAGCUUUUCCUCAAGCAUUCAGUGUAAUGGCUAAGACAUCAGUGACAGACAUGGUUAGAAAUUCUUUACUUUUUCUGAAUGCCAAGUGGUGCCUUAUUGUGGCAACGUUGUCACACGAAACACAAGACCCUACCUUCAUAUUUCUUUGAUUCAAAACACACUGGUGCUCUUACAGGUGGUAAAUGACUGUGUGAUGGAUGUAGUUAAUAUUUAUUUGACAGCACAAGGAACUAAAUUUAGAGGUAUCUUCACUCUUAAAUGAAUACAUAUUUUUCAUAAAAUAGUUGUGAUUAUAUUUUUACAUCUUCUAGGCACCAAAUCUUAAUGAUCACAUACAGUUUAAAAUUAACCAGUUGCCACUCUCAGGAUUUGAUUUGAAAUUUGUCACACAGAAGUUGCGUAGUCCUUUAGCUCCUACUUUCCUAAGACAUUUUUACAUACAAAUUUACUUGCUUUACAUUAUUUCUAAAAGGAAAAUUUUAAUGAAACCCUCAUUUUUGAGACAGGGUUUCUCUGUGUAGCCCUGGCUGCCCUAGAACUUGCUUUGUAGACCAAUCUAGCCUCAAACUCAGAGAGCUCCACCUGCCUCUGCCUUCUGAAUGCUGGGCUUAAAGGUUUCCACCACCUAGCAAAAUUAACAUUUCUUAUCUCAUAAUAAACCAUUGAGUCUUACAGGAUAAGGACCAGGAAGAGAUUGAAGUUUGACUAGACUCCCAGUCUACAAACACUGUCAAUUUUAUUGUGAAAUUAUCUUGAUUUACAGGUAGUGUUGUAUUUAUGGAGUUUGUGAUGCCCCAAACAAUUUCUAUUUUUAAAACAAUUGUAUGUUUAAUCUGUUUCUGAAAUCAUUUUGCAAUAUAUGGAAAUAGAGCAGUUGAUGCUUCUAAAUUGUGAUUAUCAGUGAAAUUGCUUUGAGAAGUGGUAGUUUUUCCUCUUUGUGUUUGGAGGCAGCCAUAAGUUAGGCCCAAUCCCUGCAUAGCGCUGGACCUGCACUGUGCAAGCUCUAGUCAUCCGUGUGCUGCAGUAACUAGGGGUUUAAAUGUGGGAAGCCUGCAUCAUGGUGCAGAUGUUUGACACAGUAACUCAUGGCUGGAAGCUUCGUGCUAGCUCCCAGUGUGGUCACAGUACAAUCUUACAUUGCUAUUCGUUUUCAGGAUCACCUGCACCAUAUAGGUCUCCCUGUAGGAAAUGUGAAGAAAAGCACAAUAGAACUAGGACUUGGGGUUUGGUUUUGGUUUUUGUUGGUUUUACUAUCAGAUGGAUUUUUGUUUGUUUCAAAGCAACAAUACAUGUAGUCAUAAGAAUGUGUGAAAAGGACCAUAAAAUCAGAGAAAUUUGGAUGGAAACUGCUGUACACAGGAGUUGAGCAAAUUCAGGAACCAAGGGGAAAUGUCCUGAGGUAACACUUGCAUUGUCAACCUCUAUUGAUUGUUUUUACAAUAAAAAUAUUUUGCAGCUUA